GCUGGACUAAAGAGACUGGGACAAACAGUGCAAUAAUGCUUUCCGGUCAAUUUAACGUCAAAGGUAAGAAUGUUGUGAUCACUGGUGGGUCUCAGGGACUGGGUGCUGAAUUGGGUCGCCAGAUGGUGAUGAAAGGCGCGUCAAGUGUGGUUCUCAUUGCAAGAACCCAAUCAAAGCUGGCACAGGUUGUUGAGAACAUCAAGAAGUUCCGACUCGAUGAGGAACAAGAGGUCACGUAUGCCGUGGCAGAUCUCUGUAAUUACGACUCAUGUGCUCAAGUCGUGGAGCAAUUGAGCAAACCUGACAUUGUGUUCUUAUGUGCUGGUUCGAGUAUUCCAAAAUUACUCUUGGAUCUGACUGCAGAGGAACUUCAGCAGGGUGUUUCUAUAAACUACAACACCGCUCUGUUCUUCACACACGCUGUGCUGAAGCUGAUGAGCUCCCAAACAGUGGGCCAUAAGCGCUAUUUAGUGUACUGUUCUUCUAUACUGGGAAUAUUCCCAUUUAUCGGGUAUGGUCAGUACGCACCUGCGAAAGCUGCCAUCAGGUCCCUUUCAGAGGUUGUGAGACAAGAAGCUGCACAAUACAACAUUGGUGUUUCGUGUGUGUAUCCAGGUAACUUUGCCUCUGAAGGGUUUGACGAGGAGGAAAAGACCAAACCUGCUAUCACAAAGCAAAUAGAGGGUCCAUCAGAUGCCAUAACCGUGGAGAAGUGCGCCGAAAUAAUCCUUUGGUGGCUUGACCACGGCUAUGAGGUGGUAUUCACGGACAUGAUUGGAUGGUUCUUGAGUUGCGGGAUGCUUGGAAUGGGUCCAAGGGUAUUCGGCGUGCUUCAGGUCUUUGUAGCCCUUCUACUCAGCAUCGUUGCACCUGUCUACAGCAUAAUAAUGCGCAGAGACAUACGCAACUACUUCAGGACUAAGCGAGAUUGAUUCGGAAUAUACAUGUCUUAUCUCUUUUGAAUUGGGUUUUAUACUCGUUCUAUAUGUAAUCUUAGACGGAACCACUUU